CGCGGAGUGCGGGGCGCCGGCUAGACUCUCCAGUAGCCGAGCCAUCGUCUGCUUUGACUGCGACCGCUCGGAUUCCACGCCCCUAUACACGCAUGAACCAUCACCGUUCCUUUCGCGAGAUUUUUCAAAUUUAGAAUUGUGGACGUUCAGAUUUCGAAUGUCUUUUAAAUAUUGUGAUGAGUUCGUCGAUGCUUAUUUUUGCACAGAUCCGUGAGGGGGGCGGGGAAAUCGGCGCGGAGUGAGGAGCGGCACGGGCCGCCGCAGACAUGCUCCGACCGCUGUCGAGGCGAGUCGCGCGCGCGCGGUCCUUCGCGCGAUAGACGGGCGUAGCUCGCGACCAUGGAUGUAGUGACGCCGCAUAUCAGUUCGGUGCUGAGGACUUACCAGGCCAGCGCACCGAGGAGCCUCCAGGGCCCCGGGAUAGGGCGCGCGGGCCCGCCGCUCGCGCCGCCGCCUCCGCUGCCUCGCGCCGCACCGCCUCUCCUGCUCACCGCGGACUCGGUGCUGGGCGAGCGCGGCGAGACUGCCCUCGAGGGGGAGCCGAUAUCUUGCUUCAGCGUGGGCGGCGAACGGCGCCUGUGCCUCCCUCAGAUCCUCACCUCAGUUCUGACAGACUUCAGUUUGGAGCAAAUAAACCGUGUGUGUGACGACUUACAAAUAUACUGUUCGAGGUGUACGCCUGAGCAACUGCACGAGUUGAAGUCGACCGGCGUGCUGCCCCGGACGGCGCCGUCGUGCGGCCUGAUUACGCAGACGGACGCGGAGAGGCUGUGCGCCGCGUUGUUGCACGCGCCGGCCGCCGCUGCCAAAAAGUUGCCAGGCUUUCGGGUGUAUCAUGAGUGUUUCGGGGGUGCGCGCGGGGUUUGCGCGCCUGAGCUGGGACUAGUGCAGUGUGUGGAAUGUCGCGGAGUGUAUGUUCCGCGCCGCUUCGUGUGCCACACGCACGCCACGGAGCACCGCACGUGCCACUGGGGCUUCGAUUCGGCGAGGUGGCGGAGGUUCCUCCUGGUAUCGGACGACGAGCGGGAUAAGGAGAAAUGCGAGGCUCUGCUGGACGACAUAGCGGCGAGGGAGCCGAAAGAGACGCACGCUGUGCCGACCCAUACGUUGGUUAAGCAGCUGCCCAUUAAAAGGAAGCAGGUGGUCGAGACGAUCGUCUGCAAGCCAGAGCCGCCAGAAUCGCCGCCGAAGAAAGUGAGGAGUGAAGAUUUCGGCUACGCGCUGUACCUCGACCCUUACGCCCACCUGCGAUGCAGGACCACGCCCGCCUUCCGACCCUGGGGCAAGAGGGAACCGGAGCUCCAACACCCGGAGAGAGUGGUGCGCUUGGCAGACUGCACGCGGUUCGAGCAAGACUUCCAACCGAACGUCGCGCUCAAACCUCUCACUCCGCCUGUCGACGAUGUCACGUCAUCGACCUCUCCGCCCCCGACCGAUCCAGAACUGACCGCCAGGCUCCUCGACGCUGAAGCCAGACUGACUGAAAGAGAAAGAAGGCUCGAAGAGCGGGAGUCAGAGCUGGCCCAGCGCGAGGCUCGACUGAACGAGCGAGAGAGGGAACUGGAGCGGCGCGAACGUGCAAUAGCUGAGAAGAAGAUGGAAGACAAAGCGGUCUCGCCGCCGCCGAGUGAGGCCGAGCCGCCGCCCUGUUGACCGACGCGAGUGAUUAUGAGGCUUGUGACUAUGUGAUGAACGCUUCGCGCUACAGAGUACAAAACGUUGAGGUGCUGAAACGUUCGGCGCCACAAAGCGCCGUUCACCCUCUGCGACGUUAGUCUGUGACACUGUUUACUUAAAACCGAAUGUCGGUUCAAAUCUAUAUAAUAUCCGAUAGCCAUGUACAUAAAGGAAGUACACUUUUUUGCGAUUACGUUCUCUGUA